GCAUCUUUUCAAACAGCAGCUCCAGCAGUCCUUGAGUUUUCGGAUAGAGCGUGCCGCCUAUGCGAACGGAAUCGCGCUCGAAGCUUAUCGAUAAAGAAUCGCCGCUUGCAGAUCUACUUUGUUGUAUAUUCACAAAGUCUUAACAUGGAGGUCCAGACGCUAACUUGCUUGCUAGUUAUCAUGGUGCUGGCAUUUUUGCACAUAAGUAGUAGCGAACUCGAAAAAAUUGGGCAGCUCCCAGCCACGACUUUAGUCAGAUUUUAUGCGUAUAGGCACGUGUCUAUCAUUUACUUCAAAAUACCACUGGAUAUUGCACUAGCAAGAUGGAAGUUUCAUGCGAAUGAAGUCAAGACUGGUGGCAUUUUCCGAUGCACACCCCAGAACAUUACUGUCCACAUCAAGCCUGGCAGCAUUCCGUUCGUAAAUCCUGACAAAUCCAAAGUUCCGGAGAAUCUCCUGGAGGCGCGAUUUCCUCAUCAUAGCUUGUUCUUUACGAGCGAUGGAACACAACAGGUGCAGAACAUCACCGCACCCAUGCCCGGAGAUUGGUUUGCGAUUGCGUUUCGCUCUUGGUCUGACCCUAAUGACGGCAAGAUUGAACAACAAGGGAUCAGCGCGUCCUGUGAGACUAUUCUCGACGCGGAAGUCGAUGUGGAGCGUGAAGCAAGCCUACAGCUGGCUGUGAAUGCCAGGCAACCAAAUAUACGCUUAGCAAGCAUCGGGGAUUUAUCGAGAGUACGAUUUCUAAUGCCAAACAACGUAAUUGAGUCAAGUAUCACUAUUUUUUCCUCAUCUGGGGUAUCUUCGGAAGUCGAGGUAAACGUAACGGCCAACUCCUAUAUUUCAUCUAAAGGCACUGAGCUCGCUCAAACAACUUUGAAUUCAUCAACGGCGGUGUCAGUUCCCUUCAAGGUUUGGACAAACGCCUUUCACUACAUCACAGUCCGUCUUCUAUCUGGUUCUUCCACUGACGUCUCUGUCGUUCUCAACAACAGUGUCCAACGUUUUUCUGAUGCUACCGUGGUCAGAUUGACCAGAAAAUCGUACCCAGAUUUUUUCCUAUUUGACUACGAAUACCUUGUAGACAACCAGACGAAAUCCUCAUCCGUGCAGCUGACUACGACUUCAACCAGUGUUUUCUCCUUCGAGAUAAAUUCGAUCAGUGAUACCGGUGGAACUCUAACCGUCGCUCUUAGGCUAAAGGACAAAGGAAAGUCUGAGCCAGAAAAUUUUACAGUCUUCGGUUGUGUCCACCUUGGAACAUUACAGGACAUCUCUCCGGAGACUGGACGCUGUUUUUCGAAUAUUAUGGAGUCCAAGCUUCCAGUCCUUGUAACCUCAAAGACUGAUCCCGGCCCUAUCUACGUCCAUAUACCCUUUCCGGAACCUGGCUUAUGGUACCUAAGCCUGAGAGCUUUUUUGCGUUCUAUGAACUGCACCUGUCCCGAGACCUGUCAAGAAAACUCUACAAUGUGUCCUUGCCUGAUCCCUGCUUCCGGUACAGUUGAAAUGAGCGUGGCCUCUUCGCCAUGUAUAGAAGGAAACUGCGGAAUGCAUGGACGCUGUAUUCACUACAUGAAUGGAGGUUUUGUGUUUUCUGGAUGCCACUGCCUACGGGAUUAUAGAGGGUUUGACUGCACUGAUGAUCAGUACGUUCAAAACGAUUCAUCAGUACUCAUAGGUCUGCUAAUGCUUACCUUGAGCAACCUGGUCUUCGUGGGAUCCAUCUAUUUUGCUCUUCAUAGAGCCUAUUAUGCAGAGGCAUUGAUUUAUUUAGCGGUCAUGUUUUUUUCCACCUUUUACCACGCCUGCGAGUCCGGCGAGAGCGUUUACAACUUCUGCAUAAUGCGAGUUGCCGUCCUCCAGUUCUGUGACUUCUUCACAGCGCUCCUUGCCUUCUGGGUCACCCUUGUCGCCAUGGUCGGUUUGACCCCCCGGUCAACGGCCAUCUUGGACCUUGGAGGUGCCGUCGUCCUAGCUACAUGUGCGGAACUCAAUAGAACAGCACUUUGGGUUUUCAUGACGCCCACGAUCACAGGUUCAUGCUUAGUGGCUUUUUUUUGGAUUAAACGCUGUCGGGCAAGAAACACGAUUCAUUAUCCGGCCAAGUGCUACCAAUAUUACUAUUUCCCAGCAGGAAUCGGUUUGGUCACCUUGGGACUUAUUUGCUACGCCUUUCUGCAAACUCAGAUGAAUUACAGUCUAGUGCACAGCUUUUGGCAUAUGGCAGUGGCUGGCGGUGUAAUGCUACUGCUGCCUAAUCGCAAGCACUUAAAAUGAGACGAAAUUUUAUUCAGAAUUUCAUUAUUUGCUUUAUGUAUCUCCUACAAUUCUGUGAGGAAUACCACCGCAACAUAUAUUGUCUAACCAAAACAAAGAAUUCAACUCUUGGGUGUUUUUCUACACCCCAAGUCAACAGUUUUACAAAUAAAUACACUUCCGAAUUACAAAUUUAGGUUAAAUAAUAAAGUAUCGGGAUGAAGGAUAACGAACCAACUUUCAGUAACCAAGGAAUUAGACUUGGAAGUAACUCAAAGUGUUCCGAAGACUUUCAAAAUCUCAAAUAUACCAAAAAUUCGGGUCACUGACGAGGCAAAUACAUUAAGUUAUGUGCACAAAUUGUACAGGGAAGAGAAUCUCAACUAGAGGGAAAUGUUGUUACGCAAUGUAAUAUCUCUUCACUAUCAGUGGAUAUCCAUUAUUUAGAAUAAGUUUUGAUGAAAUGUUUGUUAAAGGUGGUAAGAUAUUUGAUCUUAAACCGAAUCGUGGAUCAUUCUGAUCCAAUGUUAAAUGCCAUUCAAUUUACAGGCAGUUGCAUUCAUUUAGACGUAUUGAAGUAUAAAAUAUAGGCUAGUAGUCCAAACAUUCGCCUUAUAUCGUAUACAAAAGUGUUAGAUUACACCUCAGUAAUGAACAUGAGCAUAGCCAAGCAUGUAUCGAAAUAUUACUACGUAUGUUGUAACGAUCAGCUAUGAGCAGUACCCAUAACUGUUAGCUACAUAGUAAAGAUACGACGGGCACCGACAACCACCGAGAUUAGCCGACGUCACCCGAAUUCAGAGGCCACUGACAGAAUGCAGCGGACUUGCGGAACACGGACAUGGUGAAGGCACGGCAGACACCGAGGACAAUCGAGGUUAGUGAACGUAACUCACACGGAGUUAGAAGAUACAGACGGGAAGCAGAGGCAGACUCGCUAGACACGGACAUGGAAUCGCGAGACUGACCGCGACGGUGCACCAGGGGUACUCGCCAGCAGAUCUCAGGCAGAGCGCCGCGCUGUUUUAUUUUGCUACGGGACAUUGUUCAUCUAGAACAUGUUCAAGAACUUAGAAUCAAAUAGUAUCGGUUUGAGUAUUCAAGCAUAGCGCUUAGAUUCUUUAAUUAAAUUUUAAUCUUGAACCGAUAGAGUCCACGACAGCACGGAAUUUUAAAUGAGCUGGAAUUGCAGAGUAUGGAAAGGUAGAAGAGUUAGGGAAAAUUUAACAUUGAGAUCACAGGAGCAGAAUCUACGAAUCCUGUAUUAUUUUUAUUUUACUUUAAUGUUUGUAUGAUUUUUCUUCUGAAGAUUCUUAUUUUUUGUAUCAUUUUCUCUGAAUGUAAUCUUUGAUUAAUUGACUCGUUCUUAGAAAAUUUCAUCACAUCUGUACUUCAGUUCGUUAUCACUAUCGGUUAGAGUUGAUAUUGGAUAGAAUUAACAGAUGGCGUGCAUUCAUCACGGUGGUUGGACGGCGCUGUGAAAACCGUGUUCGGGACCAAUACCUGGCAAAACGCAGCCUGACCGGCAGCCAUGGCUACCGUCUUGGUCUGCAGUUUAGCUAUCGUAUUUAGUUAAUCAGAGGUUGUCAGCUCUGGCUUCUGUGCCAAAGUCUGAGCACGGAGGUGGCUCCAAUUUUCCCGAGUCCACGAUAUAGAAGGGAGCACUGGCUUGUGAUCGUGUCUCCGACUAGGUAACAACGGUUAGAAACCCUUGUCUCUGAGAGAGAGAGCAAUGGCCUCAAGCCCUUGUUUUCUGAAGCGAGCAACAGUGACAAACGCUUGUCUACAAUCAAAGCAGCUCUGGUUAUUCCCAAGUCUGCAACAGCUCUUAGAGAUUGAUCCUACGCUUAGCCUAUCAAAGUGUGUACUAUUCAUUUAAUUAAUUCUUACUCAUUACAGCAUCUGAGACAAAGACAUUCACAAUAACACUACGUUCCCACAAGCAUUGACUCCGGGAACAGCCCGCACACGUAACAAUAUAUUGUAACAAUUUUUGUUAGAACCUGUUACUAGGGUUAUCUAACGCACACCUUAGUGUGUAUCAUCAGAUUUUUUUAAAAAUAAAUCGAUGAAUCUCAUUAGUCAGAUGCAUAUAAUAAGGUCGUGUGUUCAGAAUUCCAUUUCGUCAACCCAUAUCCCCAUUUAAAUUGUAAUUCUCUCCUUUCUUUACGGCUUCGCAUUUACUCACAUAAAAAUAGAUCGUUACACCGUGACUGGCCAGCUUUCUUUGAUUUUUAACGCAAUUCUAAUAUAUUUGGACUUGAAGUGUAGUUGAUUCUCUAAUUUAAGUAAGAAUUGUGACCUCAUUUUUCUUAUAUUCCUUUCGCAUUUUUAGCACUCAGUCUUGUGGUUUUCUCUUGCCUCAUUUAUAUUUUGUUAUCUAUAUCGCAUUUCUCAUACUUCAUUUGUGAAUCUUUUUCUAUCUAAUAUUUCAAUUCCUUACUUAAUAUCGCAUCACACUGUCUAAUACCUUAAUUUCUCGUAACGUGUAUCACGCUUAC